AUGGGCCAUGAUUGGUAUAACAGGUAUGGAGGUUUUGAAGACAGAGUUAUACUACUUGGAACAGGUUAUUUUUUACAAAAAUUAUGUUCUGCGAACGCAGUGUUUUUGAGCGGUUUCGAAAUAAAUUUAGAAUCCAAAUUAUUCAGGCAUUUUUAUACUAUCCAUUGCUUUGUAGAAGAAAAAAUAAUAACAACGGCAUAUGCACUGUUAUAUAAUAAUAGUAAGGAAGCAUACUCGAAAAUGUUAAAAAUGAUUAAAAAUUCUGUUAAAAGAAAAAGAUUGGAUUUUAAACCUAGUACCUUUUACAUUGAUGUGGAUAUAAACCUCAUGUCUUCUAUUGAAGAAAUAUUUGGGAAGGAAGUAACCAUUAAAUUAUCUUUAUACGACUAUGCAAAUUCUGUAUGGUUUAAAGUUAAAAGCUUAGGGCUAGCACAAAGUGAUGAUAGAAAUGUAGAAAAAGCAAUACGUCGUAUGUGUUGUCUUGCUAUUAUCCCUGUUGAUCAAAUUGAAGACGCCUGGAUUAAAAUUAAAGAAGAAGCCCCACAGAACGAAAAUUUAUUGGAACUCAUAAGCUAUAUUAAUGAAGCAUUUAUGAUUUCAAAAGACGGUCAUAAGUUUGAUAAAAAUACAUGGAAUCACUACGACACAGACAAUAUAAAAAUGAUAAACCAUCUAGAGGGAUGGAGCGAUUUUAUUGACGAAGACAAUAAAAAAACGGAUCUGAGCGUUAAAAAUUUCAUUAUUAAAUUGAAAAAAAAACAAGGAGACUUCGAAAAAGAAAUUUUUGUGAAUCAAAAAAAAUCUAAUGAAAUUUCAAAGAUUCCAAAAAAAUACAAGGCCUUAGAAGAAAAAUUUAAACAUGCAAAAGAAAGGCUUGAAAAUGGGAAAAUUUCUGUAAUAGAAUACCUGGAUGAAAUAAUUUAA